UAUUGAAUCCAAAAGUACUAAUUUUUUAACGAAUAAUUUUCAAUUACAGUAGUGCUUACUUUGGUUUGUGUUUUAGGCACUAGAGGAGACUGAUUAGUGUGCAUAAAUCCCAGAGAGAUCUCUCAGUCAGCACAAGGCAAAGACCUAACCUUUCCUUUUCAUCUGGAUCGUAAACCCACCCAAAACCAAAACCCAUCAUUUCAUUUACAGUAGGAGACACAAGAGAUAAACCCUUCUUCGCUUCUGGCCUGGGCUCUCUCCCAUUUUCAUCUUCUACCCACAGUUUUCUUCAACCUUUUGGCUCUUGCUUUGUUUUGGGUUUUGAGGAGGAGGAAGAGACAUUUCACAGUUGCAGAAGCUUAGCACUCAAACCCAAACAAAUUAGCACUAUUACCAGCAUAUCAAAUCUCUGCUUUGAAUAUUUCAGUACCUCUCUUUUCCUGCUUUUCACCUUUUCACCAUUCAUAAUUCCAGAGAAGCUUAAAAGUUGUCUCCUUGAAACACCAAAGCUUCCAAAAAGCAAAAGAUUCAAAGCCUUUAUCUUCUCUUUUUUUAACCCUAGCUAAAAUCAUUUCAUCUUCCUCGGAUAAAGCUACAAACUUUAACCUCGCUGCACGAAUCCACUAUUGUUUUUCUCGUGAAACCAAGCACUCUCUCCCUCUGUGUAGUCAACAAUGCCAUCAUUUCCGUUCACUUUCACGCUCCUCAUUUUGUUGCUUCUGUCAACCCUCCACAUCUCCCGAGCCGGUUUACUCGCCGAGCCGGUAACCGGUCACGGCCAGCCUCUCAAGCCAGGCGAGUACUCCAGCCCAAACACGGUCCCGGCCUACCCGGUCCAAACCCAGGCCCAGACCUGCCGCCUUGACCUCUCCGCCGAGCUCUUCGGCGGUGUCAACGAGGCCUGCGGCCGAAACCUCGACCGCAGCCGAUGCUGCCCAGUCCUCGCCGCCUGGCUCUUCGCCGCUCACGCCAGGUCAGCUCUGGAAAUCUCCUCCGCUCCGGCUCCUUCCGCCGGCGGCGACCUUCCGAUGAUGCCGGACGACGCGCAGAAGUGCGUGAACUCUCUCCAGACCUCGCUCCUCAGCCGAAACAUCCGGAUCCCACAGCCGAACGCCACGUGUGACGCCAUUCUCUGCUUCUGUGGGAUCAGGCUCCACCAGAUCAGCUCCCUCAGCUGUCCGGCGGCGUUCAACGUCUCCGGGUUCCGCAACGCCACCCCAACCGCCGCGGUCAAGAAUCUCGAAAGGAACUGCCGUAACUCUUCCUACACUGGCUGCACCAAAUGCUUCGGCGCCCUCCAGAAGCUGAAGGGCGGGACGAGCAAGAACGGAACAACGAGGGACAAGAGCACGAGCGAGAGGGCGGGCAAGAUGUUCGACCGGGACUGCCAGCUCAUGGGGCUGACGUGGCUGCUGGCGAAGAACAAGACGGCCCACAUUCCGACCGUCUCCGCCGUGUUGCGCGCCAUAAUGUACAGCGCUCACCCGCCGCACGAGAACACGUGCAGCCCGGACCAGGAGAACAUGCCGCUGGCCGUUGAUUCCUUGCAGUUUGACAAGUCGUCAUCGCCGGCGUCGGUGUCUUUGUUUCCGGUUGUGCCCCUAAUCACGGUUUUGGUUUCUCUGUUUGUUUAGGGGAAUCAGAGGCAGAGCCUCCUCUGGGUUCUCAACAUUUUUUGGGUAGUCCCUGUCGGGUGUUUCACGUGAUGCUAGUAGACAAAGCGGGCGAUUGGGUUGUUUUUGUCAUUUUGCACUGCCCUACUGUAAAUUUUCAGCUCGUUCCAGUUUCGGACAUUGUUUAGUAAUUAGUACUACAACAGGGAAGAGAUCUUUUUAUUUUUUACU